UCUUGGCAGCGCUAUCGAGCUACCCCUCCUUCUCCCUCUGACGCCUCCCAUCCUGUCAGCUGUUCGUGGGAACAAUAGCAUUCUUUGCCCAGCCAUGUGAGAAGCGUGGCAUUCUGUGAUAAGAGACGACCCAUUCGGCAACUCGGCAGUGGUAAGCCAUGCAUCCUGGCAUCUAGCGACGUCAUAAGGGUCCCGGUCGACUUCUUGCGCCCUCUCACCCCUCACUUUGGCAGCAGCAAAUAGACCGUCCACCCACAACGCACCAUGGCUAAAUCACAGAGAGAAGCCGAGCAAGAGGUUCACUCUUGGGGGUUUCAGGAUGUUUUUACCUGGACCGACGGACCGAAUGCCCACUACUCGCCCCACUCGCACCGAGGACUCACCACACAUCUGAUACUAAGAGGCGAGCUUACCAUCACGUAUCCAAAAGACAAGUCGCCCACAAAAGAGACAUUCGGCCCAGGUGCUCGCCUUGACGUCGAUGCCGGCCGGCAACAUGAGGUCUGGAUUGGAAGUGAAGGCUGCACAUAUGUUAUUGGCGAGUAGUAGCUCGAUAUGAAGCAUACGUUCAUAAUGGAUCCUUAUUAGCGAACACUUGCAAUUGCCCGC